AUGGCUCGCGGACUCGGGAAAGCUCGCGAAUAUGAUUACUCCAACGUUGGAACCGCUGGACGACGCACUGGACUUACCCUGAAAGAGGGCCGACGCGACGAGCAUGGAAUGGAAGAAGUCGAUGGAUUAUUUUCAUCGCCCGAGAAAUCGCCUGACAAGGUGAAUGGCUUCGACGACGAACAUGAUGAUUCUAUUGGCUCUGAUAUGUCUAUUGAGGAUGGCUCCGAGCUAUGUGCUGAUGUCUCAUUUCAACAUCUAGACAAUGCGCCGGGCCCUAUGCACUUUCUCAAUGCCUCCAAUCGUUCCCAAAACUUACCACCGCCAUCGCAAUCACCAGUCAAAGGCUCUUCCCGAACUGUGCGGAGAUCUCCAGAAGUGCAGUCCUCACCAGAACCCGAGCAAGACUUUUCAAGCCCUUCUGAGGGCAGAAGUCUACUCGCUACAAAUAGCAAUGUGCGAGGAGAUCCGUCUCCGCUGAGCGCCCGCUCGGUCAAUGCGGGUCCGAAGAAGGGAAAGAAUAACUUGCAGAAAGCCCGGGCGCUCCCCGAGACAACCGAAUUCUCCGACGAAGAAUAUGACGAAAAUACUUCAUUUGCCGUUCAAGAUGAUGUUGAAAACAGCUUUGACCAGGGUAACGACACUGUGAUCCAGGACGAGUUCCCAGAACCCAUCGAGGAAGAUUUGGACGACUCGGACAGCGACCAUGCAGAAGCCCCAGAAGAACCACGACAACUCGAAAAAGCAACCAAGUCAACGAAGGGCCCUGCGUCCAAAACUACCGACAAGGGCAAAGGCAAAUCGGCCGCUGGUCGGCCAGGUCGACCGCCUAAGGCUGCUCGCGCUGCUGAUGAAGAAACCACCGAGGCUAGACCUGCCAAAAAACAGAAAGUAUCGAAGGAAGCUCAACCACGAGAACCACUGGACCCGGAAUUGGACCGCGUUGUGGAAAAUUACUCCCAACGUUCUGGACCAUUGAAGGGCCGCAGUCUGUAUAUUCUAAAGCGCGAGAACCCAACCGAGGAUGUCUCCACCCACACUCGCUCAGGGCGAGUCUCUGUCAGGCCGCUUGCAUACUGGCGCAAUGAGCGCUGUGUGUACGGCGACGGAGAAGCUGCAGAGGGCCAGCGGUACCCGCUCUCUACAAUCAAGGAAAUCAUUCGCACUGAAGAGCAAGAGCCAGAGAACAAGGGCAAAGGAAAACGUGGGAGGAAGUCCAAGUCAAGCAAGUCCAAAAAGCGGAAGGAAGAUUCCGACGAGGAGGAUGAGGAUAUGGACGAAUGGGAGAUGAAGGGAGGCAUUCUUCAUGGCAUUGUACCGAAAUGGGAUCCUAUUGCAGGCACCACGGAAGAAGAAGUCACAGAUAUUAUUGCUUAUGCCCCCUCUGGCAUCGAAACAAAGGACGUCAAGGGAUCUUCGUUCAAAUUUGCCAAAUUACUCAGCUCCUCCUUCAUUGGAUCGGGUGUCCUUGACCUGCCACCAGAGGGUGUAAAGAAGCCCAAAAAUUCGAAAAAGAUGCACAUGGUAUUCUACGUCUGCAAUGGCCGUGUUCAAGUGGAUGUUUCUGGUGUCCAAUUCAGCGCAGGAAAGGGCUGCGUUUUCCAUGUUCCCCGAGGCAACAUUUACAGCUUCCAGAAUCCUUAUCAGAAAGAUACGAGGCUUUUCUUCACCCAAGGGUGUGUCCCUGAUGAGAAUUCCGAGGAGGACUCGGGAACUACAUCCCAAGCCGUUGAGCAAGGUAACUCCGAUGGCGAAGCCGCAGCCGGUCCAUCCAAGUCCAAGCACAAAGCAAAGCCCGCGGCCGCUCGAGGUCGCAAGGGUAAGCAGAAAGCUGGGAAAUAA